UCCCAGAAAAGUCCCAUCAAGCACCGAAUCGGUGAGAGUGCCUACCCAUGUUGGGCUAUUGGCAUUUGGUUACCUUCCUCAUAGUGUCUAGUAGUGAGUAAGUUGGGAGAGUCGCACGCAGGCAGCCACCACCAGUCUCAGACAGACAGACCAAGAACCCAAUCCCAAAAACAACCUCAAGCAGCAAAGCUAGAACCACCUUCUCUGGCCCCCGUUAUCUAGAUGUGUGCAUCGACGAGUUGCAGUUUUGUUUUGCAGUAGGAAAAUGUUUUCAUUCAUCUGCACCACCAGAAGCAGGCGAAAGUAAUGUCCGACGACGAGUGCCCGUACCCACUGCAUCAGUGCGUUUUCAAGGGAGACACUCGGAAACUGUCCCAACUUCUGCGGUCGCACGAACCUUCGGAAAAGGACAAACAUGGCAACACGCCGCUGCACCUGGCAGUUAUGCUGGGCCGGAAAGAAUGUACCUAUCUACUGUUGGCGCACGGUGCUCCGAUUAAAGUGAAAAAUCAGCAAGGAUGGUCGCCGCUAGCUGAAGCCAUCUCCUACGGAGAUCGGCAAAUUAUAUGUUCCUUACUCAAAAAACUGAAACAGCAAGCCCGCGAACAGAUGGAUCAGCGGAGGCCCAACCUGGUGAAGGCCCUCAAGCAAAUGGGGGACUUCUACAUGGAACUCAAGUGGGACUUCCACUCGUGGGUGCCGCUGAUCUCACGCAUCCUCCCGUCGGACGUGUGCAAAAUCCACAAGUCGGGCUGCUCGAUCCGGCUCGACACCACCCUGGUGGACUUCUCGGACAUGCGCUGGGAGCGGGGCGACAUCUCGUUCAUCUUCAGGGGCGAAAACCAUCCCAAAGACUCACUGACGGCGCUGGACAACGAGUGCCGCUGCUAUCAGCACGUUCGCCACGAGGAAACCGAGCUGGAAAUCGAGGACGAAGUGGACAUUCUGAUGUCGAGCGACAUCCUCGCCGCCCAGAUGUCAACCAAAAGUAUUAGUUUUACGAAAGCACAAUCCGGCUGGAUAUUUCGGGAGGACAAGAAGGAAACCGUGGCCGGACAGUACGACAGUGAUCUCUACACCAUCAACGGGCUGACGCUGGAGCAGCGAAAACGGCGGGAGCACCUCUCGCGUGACGACCUACAGAAGAACAAAGCACUGAUGGAGUCGUUGACCAAAGGGGGACAGUCGACAGGCAUCGAUCAAAACGGCGAAAUCAUCCGAAGGGCUUCGCUCCAACCCCCGCCGAUCAACAGCAUAACGUGGGAGGAGUACCUUUCGGCCGAACCGGGACAGUAUCCCCACUUGGGGCGAGACUUAGUUUAUAAGGAAUCGAGUAAGAAUUUUAGAGCUACCGUUGCUAUGAGCAAAGACUUUCCGCUGAGCGUGGACAUGUUGUUGAGCGUGCUGGAGGUGAUUGCCCCGUUCAAGCACUUUAGUAAAUUACGUGAAUUUGUGACGCUGAAGCUGCCGAGCGGCUUUCCAGUGAAAAUUGACAUCCCCAUCCUGCCGACCGUGUCGGCCAAGAUCACGUUCCAGAAGUUCGAAUUCCGGGACGACAUCUCACCGGACCUGUUUGUCAUUCCAGACAAUUAUAAAGAGGACAGCAUGAGAUUUCUCAUCUAUUUUAUAGAUUUCCUGAUUUAUGACCUUUCGAUUUCGAACACGUAAGCUGCGAACGAUCGCUGGCCACCAACAUCACGGUGGCCAAACCGAUUGUAGGACCCCUCGACGUUGGCUGUAACAGUUGCACCCGUUGCGACACCGAAACUCGUAGUAUUUGAAUGCAGAGGAAAAAAAACAAAGAAAAUAUCGUCGUCAAAUCAAUUUUACCGAUCAGCAUCAUUGUCACCCAUACCAUAUCCGAACCCAUCAUAAUCAUCAUCCCGGUUUUCACUCAUUUGUAUAUGGAAUGCAGUUCCAGCAGUAAGGCAUGAGGAAAUCGAAAUGAAAAUUUCUAGGGGUGUUACUCUCAUUUUUUCGAGCUGGUGAAGCUUACAGAGAUAAAUGAGUUCCAAUCCCAGGAAUAUUCUGCUGGCGAUAAACGCUACGAGUGGAAUGAAUUUCGUAAAUUCAUUGCAGUAUGGACCCAAAUGGUAACCACAGAACAUGGUAGUCAAACCAACGCAAAGACAAGCGAAACAAAUCUUUCAAUCAUCUUGACAGCCCUUUUCUAAAUAGAAAUCCAAUCAAUCACUUUGACUACAGGUAAAUUAAUCCAUUCCAUUAAAGUAACUUAAUAUCCUUAUAAAUGAUAGAAAAUAAAGGAAGCAAAACAAACAUAGAAAGAAAUAUCAUUUUAACAGUUCCAGUGCAUGGAAGGUAAUCUAAUUGAAAUAUUCUGACAAAUUUAAACGAACAUUUACCCAAUUGUAAAACGAAAGCCCAUAAAAUGGAUGGCAAUCAACGUUGCUUGGCACAGCGAUGUCACGGAAGCUAUUCCUUAGCUUGAUUACGCGAAUUUCCUCAAGUCAAUACCGGCAUAUUCUUGUUUGAAUGCGCUUUGUCGAUAGAAAUAGAAAACAAUCAAUUAGUCGGGAUAGUUGCUGAAACAAGCAAAGAAAAAAAUGUCAUCGUUAAGUAGCAGAUAAUUAGAAUCAACAAAUCAAUAUUGUCGUCUCUGAAAAGGAUAUUCCCUCUCCCAAAAAUAGAAAGGACGGUCUCGAUUAAAUCGUUAUGCUUUUUUCGCAGCAUUAUUUAUGCGUAAGAUAUGAAACGCUUUCCUUUACUUCCACACUAGUUUUUUUUCAAAACUCCUCACCCUUUUCCUUAUAUGCCUUCUUGUUCGUGAGAUGAAUAGCAAAUAAAUAAUUUGUCUAGUUUUACAAAGCAUGAA